CCAGUGUUUUGAUUACGGCUGCGGAAGAAGCUGUCAUUUGCUCUUGUCUCGCCGAUUUAUCGUCCAAGCAGGAGUUUCCAAUCAAAACCGGUACCAAAUAAACAACAAAUGUAACCGUUUCACAGAAAGCCACAAUGGGAUUUAUACUAAGACGCUUUCUUGGUGCUAAACCGUCGAAAGCGCUCCUGUUGUUGCCUUUUCUGUUGACUUUCUUGCCCGUCGGGAGCCAAGGCGAGAGCAAUGCAAUGGACAACGUCGCAACUGAGAGGAUGGCUGAGGAAAGCCAUCGACAGGACAGUGCCAAUCUACUCAUAUUCAUAAUGCUCUUAACACUCACCAUUUUAACCAUAUGGCUGUUCAAACACCGGCGAUUUAGGUUCCUGCACGAAACAGGACUUGCCAUGAUCUAUGGCCUGUUGGUGGGUGUGAUCCUGCGGUUCGGAGUCCAUGUGCCCCAGAGCAUGAGUGACGUGAUCCUCAGCUGUGCUGUCAACGCCAGUCCUGCUUCUCUGCUGGUCAACGUCAGUGGUCGAUUCUACGAGUACACUCUGAAGGGGGAAGUCAGCCGGGGCAAAGGUCACCAAGUGCAGGACGAUGAGAUGCUGAGAAAGGUGACCUUUGACCCAGAAGUGUUUUUCAACAUUCUGCUGCCUCCCAUCAUCUUCCACGCCGGUUACAGUCUGAAAAGGAGACAUUUCUUCAGAAACAUCGGCUCCAUCCUGACCUAUGCUUUCAUGGGAACACUUAUAUCCUGCUUUGUUAUUGGGCUGAUCAUGUAUGGCUUUGUGUCCUUCAUGAAAGUUGUGGGCCAGCUUGGGGGAGAUUUUUUCUUUACUGACUGCCUCUUCUUUGGGGCCAUCGUUUCGGCAACAGACCCAGUGACGGUGCUGGCUAUCUUCAAUGAACUAAAGGUAGAUGUGGACCUGUAUGCUUUACUCUUUGGGGAGAGUGUCCUCAAUGAUGCUGUGGCCAUCGUCCUCUCUUCCUCCAUUGUGGCGUACCAGCCUGCAGGAGACAACAGCCACAGCUUUGAGGCCAUGGCCUUGUUGAAAUCCUUCGGCAUCUUCUUGGGCGUCUUCAGUGGAUCUUUUGCUCUUGGGGUGGCCACUGGAGUCAUGACCGCUCUCGUGACCAAGUUCACUAAGCUGAGGGACUUCCCCUUGCUGGAGACAGCUCUCUUUUUCCUCAUGUCCUGGAGUACUUUUCUAUUGGCUGAGGCUUGCGGGUUCACAGGUGUAGUGGCUGUGCUGUUCUGUGGGAUCACUCAGGCUCACUACACCUUCAACAAUCUCUCCCCCGACUCUCAGGACAGGACCAAACAGUUGUUUGAGCUGCUGAACUUCCUGGCAGAGAACUUCAUCUUCUCCUACAUGGGCCUGACGCUCUUCUCCUUCCAGUCACAUGUCUUCAACCCUUUAUUCAUCAUUGGAGCAUUUGUAGCCGUGUUUCUGGGCAGAGCGGCAAACAUCUACCCUUUGUCCUUCCUGCUCAACCUGGGCCGCAAGAACAAGAUCAGAUCCAACUUUCAGCAUGUCAUGAUGUUUGCAGGUCUGCGUGGAGCGAUGACCUUUGCUCUUUCUAUCCGAGAUACAGCGACUUACGCCCGUCAGAUGAUGUUUUCAACCACUCUCCUAAUUGUCUUCUUCACUGUCUGGAUCUGUGGAGGGGGCACCACGCCCAUGUUGUCCUUCAUGAGCAUACCGGUCGGUGUGGACUCUGAUCAAGACAACUCUAGUUCAGCUGUGUUGGACGGAUCACAGCGGAGGAACACCAAACAUGAGAGUGCCUGGCCCUUCAGGAUCUGGUAUAACUUUGACCACAACUACCUGAAGCCCCUCCUGACCCACAGCGGCCCUCCUCUCACUGCUACUCUGCCUGCUUGUUGCGGACCGCUGGCUCGAUGCCUCACCAGCCCACAGGCCUACGAGAAUGAAGGUCAGCUCCACGACGAUGACUCUGACUUCAUCCUGAACGAUGCCAGCGUGAGCUCCAUGUACGCCGACGUCACCGUCAGCACGGACGCCUCCGGAUCCCACACCAUCAACUGCAAGCGCUCCUCCAACACCAGCACCGGGGGCGGCCCGCCUGAUGAAGGUCUGGAUCACGAGCUCGCCUUGGCGGAACACGAAGUGGCGAUCAGGGGCACCCGCCUGGUGCUGCCCAUGGAUGACCCAGUGGAGCCCCCGAUCACUGUCACCCUGCCCCCGCCACCCUCCCCACCGCGCUCUGACCCUCGCAGGCACAGACUGUAAGAAGGCUUGCACUGUCAGUAUACCGUUUGUUGUUUUCAUCUUCAAAAAUCACAAAUCAUCUAACUUGAUUUCACAAGAAAAUAGCAUCUGUUAGUUGAUUUGUUUGGAUUUUUGAUUGAAAUGACAAACAGCUUUUACAGUACGCGUCAUAUAAAAGCACCACCUCUUUGUCUAAUGCGGUUUUAAAAUAGUCUCAGCUUUGUGACAAACUUGAGGCGUGCAUUGAUUUAGCUCACCAGUAAAGUUACCGGGAUCUUGAAUAUGAAAGCAAUACAUGUAAGGUAAGGUACUGUAAAUCAAGUGCACCCCAAGUUUAAAGGUUACUUAAAAUCAUGCGAGAUGCACAUAUAGCCACCAUUCGAGGAAGCUAAACAAUGGGGCUGUAGUAUUUGUUCCUAAGUUUGUACUACUGUGGUGAUAUGCCAGUGCUGUUAUCUAUGCUCUCUAAAAGCCCCAACUCCCUCUGGCUGUAUGGGGCGACCCCUUAACGUUUCAUAUACAGUUUUACUCGUUUCUCUAUGGUGAAGUUGCUCCUGACAACAGUACCUGUAUUUGUCUAGCUUCCUUCAAGUAUUUGUAAGAUGACCUACAGUAACUAACAUUCAGGGCAUUUUGCUCUGGUACCAUUUAGUAACAUUCAGUGGUGUUUAAGAGCAUUUAAACUACAGUUACAUUACUGAUCUUACUUAUCUAUCCACAGACUGGUAAGUGUCCGGUUUGUUUGCCUCCCUCUCUAAGUUCAUUGGUGGAGAAGGUUCAAAGAGGAGGAACUAGGGAUUGUGAUUGGCCAAGGUGGGAGCAACCAGACAAGGACAUUGACAUCUGUGAUGGAAGCAGUAUUAGGAGUUUUGAAUUUUAACAAGAAGAUUGUAAGCAGCUUCUCCACUAUCUUAAAAUUUUAGCACUGCCUGCCUCCUUCUCUUCUUGAUCAGUCUUUUCACUUAUUCAUUUAUUUAUUUAACAAAAAUGAUUUAUUUAUACAAUGAUUUGUUUAAUUUAUUAUUUAUUUAUUGUUUUGUAGUGUGACAUCAGUGAUUAUUUUGCCCUGUUCAAAAAUAGGACUGCUCUGUGGUGAAAGGACGCGAGGGAGGUGGACAUUCAUUUGAGGAGUUUGUCGUUCUUUACCAUGUGUGCGCAUGUUCAAAUAUCUCCUUCCUGUUCUGUAGCAGAUCCUUCUACUUUCUACUUUAAACGAGAGCUUCCCUGUGUGUAUUUUACGUGUGUGGCUGACGUCAGAAUGAAAUUGUCCAAACUGAUGUGGUUAUUAGGGUUAAUGUCUGUCUCUGGUUUUUCUGUCUGUCAUCUGGUUUAAUCUUUUCUCUCUCUAAAAGAAAAAAAAAAAGUAACUGCCGUGUCUUGUGAUGUUGUAUCAUCAAAGAUGACUGAGGGCUGGCUGAACUUUUUGAAUUAAAGUGCCUAUUCAGAAAUUCAAUUACUUAAUGUAGAUUUGUACAUAUUUUGAUUUGCUAAUGUGCAGUAAGAUGAUCUUUCUUGGUUUUUAUAUGACACUAAACCCUUUGAUUGCUGUUGAAUACUGCCUGUAAUGUAACCAUUUGUUUUUGGUGUAUUCAAAAGGUGGAGAGCCCAUAAGAGCGCAAACUAAAACAUUGUACUUUCAUUAAUGUGAAUAUAUUUUAUCAGAUACAAUCUUUUUCUGAAUAAUGUACUUAGAAAAUGUAUAUGUGGCAUUUUAAAAAAAUUAGCGACUGAAUCUGAAUGCAACAAGAACCUGGCAACCUCUUUUUUAGGCUUUUUAUUUGUCAGUAAGGUUAAGGGAAAGAUACUUUUUACUGAUGCAGUGUUAGUCUUUUUCACUCCUUGUUUGGCAACCAAGCCUUAGUUAACUGAGACCCUUGUCUGUCCCGUUUUCUGGCCGAGAUAAAAAUUAAUUCCUGGUCAAAAUCGCAUUUUUCAAAUGUGCAAAUGAGAUAUGGAAAUGAGAGUUCUUUCAGUAAUGUACCCUUUGAUUUUUAUUUGUUUAAAUGUAAUCGAACUAUAAAAAAACACCCUUUGUAUAGAUGCGCAUUUUGAAGAAACAGUUGUAAUCUUACAAUAGCAACCGCACCUAAAACUAUAAAUCUGAACAUGUUUGAUUCUGUUUCUACUGUGUGUAGAAACUGUUUGUCAGUUGUAUCUGUUAAAAGUACACCUGCAAUAGGUCUAUAUGUGAAUGUUUUUAAAAUGUGAAUUCAUGUUGUAAUCCUGAAGUUAUUAACAGUGUCUCCUCAGUCAGACAUCUUGCAAGUGUACUAGAAAGAAAAUAAAAACAAAUUUGAAAAUGA